UCACUGAGUAACUUGUUGCGGAAACUGACACUGACAACAUUUCAAUCAGUUAACAUUUGAAAUCGUGCCCAAAACAAGGAAAAUUUCCAGUUAUUUGUACAAUCGAUGGAUUCCAUUGGGCGACUUCACUCAAAAUUCAUCAUCGCUCUGGUUGAAGCCUCCAAGUUGUUUCCUGAUAGUUUUUCCUCAAUUGUGCCCACCGUGCUCUUCUUGGGGCCGUUAUUUGCGCUGCUUUAUGUGCAGUUCCGUUGCACUUCGAAUGCGCUUUACGGAUGGAAGACGAAAAUUUGUUGGGACGUAAUUUUCCAUUGGCUCUUGUUCUACAUAUCGCGCGUUUGGUUCAUUUUCCUCAGCCUGUGUAAAUUAGGCGUCAAAUACCUGGACGCUGCUAUUCAGAAACGCUCCAUAGGCCCAGAGGUGUAUUACAACACCCUAAUCUGCCACUGCUGUGUUUUCCUGCUGGUUUUGACCGUUUCUCUGCUGCCAUGCCUCAUCUUGUAUCUGAGACACUACAGCCAAAGAGAAAUCCCGAAUUUCCUCAUGUGGGUCGGUGAAGACCCCUGGAUAAGGAGCGAGAUCGGCAUCUCUGGCCACUACUUGGAACGUCCGCCCAGAUCGGACACUUACAGUCCCUCAAAGCACAAUGCAUCUUACCGAUCUGGACGAUCGUCCAGUGUGGACACUAGCGCUUUUCUGCAGAAGCCAUCCAGCCUACUUCGAACGUGCAAAUCGGCCGUUAGUGUGAAGAAAUCAAAUGAAGAGAUUGUGGGUUAAUCGAACGGAACAAUAAAUCUGGACGCAAGUGCGACAAGAA